AUGCUUCCUGCCAGGCCAAAAUAUGCAGAAUUUAAUGAAGCCAUUGACAUGAAGAAUCCACAUUUUAAAAUUGGGAUGAAGUUUAGAGAUUUUAAACAGUUCAAGGAGGCAGUAAAAAAUUAUGGAGUUAAGAACAGGUAUGUAAUGAAUUUCAGACCAAACACUAAGACUAGAUGCAAGGCUUACUGCAGCAAAGGUUGUCCUUUCUACUUGUGGGCAUCUCCAAUGGUAAGAGAUGGAGCUACUGUACAGAUCAAGUCAGGUGUGCUAAAGCAUGAGUGUGGAAAAGAACACAAAAAUAGACAUGCAAGUGCUAAGUGGAUAGCUAAGACAUAUAUGGAGCAAUUUAGGGCAGAUCCAUCAUGGAAGUUGGCAGGGAUAAUACAAGCUGUGAAGACUAAUCAGCAGGUUGAAAUAACCAGAUUGACAGCAUAUAGGGCAAAAAACAUCGCUUUAAGGGAGAUAGAUGGUGAUGAGGAAACACAGAUGACCAAGCUAUAUGAUUACAGGCUAGAGCUUCUUAAGACACACCCAGGGUCAACAAUUAAAUUUAGGCGUAAUCAAGGGGUUUUUGAGGCAAUGUAUGUCUGCUUGGCACCUCUUAGAAAUGGGUUUUUGGCAGGAUGUAGGAGGAUUAUCUGUGUAGAUGGUUGCUUCCUCAAAGGGUUAUAUGGGGGACAAUUACUGACCGCAGUAGGUAUAGAUGCUAAUAAUUUAAUUUAUCCUGUUGCAUGGUCUGUGGUUGAUAGGGAAAAUAGAGAGAAUUGGGUUUGGUUCUUGCAGCUGUUAGCAUAG